AUGGAAGUGUUGUGGUUUUUGUUUGUGAUACUGGCAGCGGGGAAAGCGUUGGAGUUAUCAGAUGAGCAGUAUCAUCAGAUGCCGCAACUGUUUCAGCUGGACGACUACGAAAAAUGCCUUGCGAAUCGACGCGGUGCCUUCUGCCUCGGUAGCUUCCAACUUGUAGCACCGCCUAAUAACCGCUUGUUUAAUAUUAUACAGAAAUUCUCUGAAGAACGCUACAGCUUCAAUCACACAAGCAUCCACCGGGGCUACUGCGUUUCAUCAAGAUGUUCAGACGUCGAUGAGGUUUCCCUAAAAAGAAAGUUCGUGAAGUGCGUCAAAAACAUUACCCAAACGCAUUAUGGCUUCGAUGCAAAGCUUUCGUCCCUCGACUACUGCAAGACAAGCAAAACACCGCCAUCGCGACCAAUCGAUGGUCUUGACGUAGCGUUCAUUUACUUCUGCGGACUCAUAUUACUAAUGAAUGUGAUUGGAACUAUUUACGACUUCGCACGCAACCCUAACCACAAACCUAACCGAUAUUUAAUAAGUUGGUCCCUAGCUGAGAGCUGGAAACGACUGACAAAUAAGUAUGAGAACGGAAACCGUAGGAUUACGUCUUUAAAUCCUUUGAAUGGAUUGAAAGCAUUUCUCACGAUUUUGGUUAUGUUGGCAUAUUCUAUCCUCGCAUUCCACAUCUCAUAUCUUCAAAAUCCUCAAUACCUGGAGAAUACAAGUCGAAAUCUAUUAAGCACGCUUAUUUAUAACGGACCUGUGAUCGUACAAACAUUCAUCGUGCUGUCCAGUUUUCUCCUCGCCUACAACCUGUUGAUCAGCGGUGAAAAAGACCCAAAGAAGGGCCUUAACCUUCGCUUACUACCACGUCUUUUCUUUAAUCGUAUGGCAAGAAUUACACCAUUAAAUGUUUUUAUGGUUGGUUUAACGACAACUUGGUGGCGACAUAUGAGCGACGGCGCUCUAUGGAUACCAUUGGUGGAGGGGGAGUGUGCACACUGCAGGGAUAAGUGGUGGGCGCAUUUCCUGUAUAUCAACAACUUCAUUGAAGCGGACGAAAAGUGCCUGAUACAUACAUGGUUUCUCGCGGUGGACAUGCAACUUUAUGUAUUUGCGGGCUUUCUGACUCUCACCUUGGGCCGGUCACCGCGCAGAGCUGUCAAGGUCCUAAGCUGCCUUCUCGUUUGCGCGAUCGUUGCUAAUUUCACUAUAGCCUACAACUGGAACUUGAAACCAAUGCUCUUCCUCAAUUAUCCCAAACAGCUACGAAACCAGAUGGCUGGUGAGCCCUCUUUCAACUUGUUGUAUAUGGCUCCAUGGGGCAGCCUACCUUCCUCAUUGAUCGGGCUCAUUGCUGCCUUCCUUCUUUACUAUUGGCAGCAGGUCAAUUUCAAGCCCGAAGAGAAUUUAGUCUUCCGUAUCCUGUAUCGAUGCUCCGUACCAUCGCUAUUAAGUUGGAUACUAGCAGGAUACCUUGUGAAGGACAUCAGUUCACCAAUCGGCAUUGCUGCGUACGCAGCCCUCGACCGACCAGUGUUCUGUCUAAUUAUCGUCGUAGCUAUGCUCGGAUUUAUAAACAAAAUCGACGGUCUAUGGUUGCGGUUUCUGUCGUGGGAUGGCUGGCGACCACUCAGUCGCAUGUCGUUACCCAUUCUGCUCGUGCAUUGGAGCUAUAAUCUUACACAAAUUGCUGUGAAGACGAACCUUACACGAAGCUCUGUAUUCGAAAUAGGUGGACACUGGUUCAAUACUGUAAUCAUGACUUAUGUAACAUCCCUGCCGCUGCAUCUUCUCAUCGAGUUACCCAUGAUGCAGUUCUUCAAAUUGCUGUUUCCUUAA